UCGAGUUUGGAGCGUUGCGGGGCUGCCGCGCUGUCGUCGCGUUGAGCCCUGUCUCACGAUCAUAACUUUGUGUACUGGAAACUUUUAAACGCAAUUUUUGCAAGGAUCCGUUGUCCGCGCGUACAUAAUUGCUGUUCUAGUCGUACCCUGUACCCUGUACCCAGUGUUCAGACGUUUCUAUAUGCACUGUCGCGCGUGUUUCAGAAUCCGUCGGUCUAUUUUUGAAUAUUCACUAAACGCUUCACUGCGAAGUUUUCGAAACGCAGCCCGCUAGCCGGGUUAACGGCCGCUGUGUGCAGCGCCUGCACCACAUCUCUUGUGUUUUUGUUGACGAAUAACAUUUGUGUUGUUAACUUCAUCUGUGAGGAUCCGUGACACGUUAUCUUUAAUGUCCGCUGCACCCGUGUAGUGUUUGGCUGGCAGGGUGAUGGCUACAGAUGACCUUUUAGUGGUAUUUCUUUGUGAUUAGUGUUUGUGAGUUGUUGGCGAGUUAACGACUAGUGUUGUGUGGUGUAGUCAUUUUUAUCAGUGAUGUGAAUGUCUAUGGAAGUGUCAGGGCAUACUCGGAAUGUUCACGAAGCACGGCAAGGCUCCUGAGCGGUGCCACCACCCCUCACAUAGGAGUUGCAAGAAGAAAAAACAACCCCCACACACACCCUGGAAGUACUUGAUGAAUUGCCCACUCGUUAGAAAAUGUUUUGGUCUACAGCUGCGGAGCAUAGAAGAGCCGCCAGGAGGCGCGGGCGGCGGCAUGCCCGCGCCUACCUGUUACGACGCAGAAUGUGCCCGCACAGAAGCCUGGCUCGACGAGAAUCAGGAGUUUGUACACGACUAUUUCUUAAGGAAGGCGACGCGACAAGUUGUGGAUGCAUGGUUAGUGUCGCACGCAACGCCGCCUAGCGCCGAACUCGCGUCCCCGUCUAGAGCGGGUUCCGGGUCAGGCGCUACUACACCAGUCAGGAAGAUCUCAGCGCACGAGUUUGAGCGCGGCGGUCUUCUGAAGCCGUUGGUGACGACAGUCGACGGCACUCCCACCUUCCUCGGCGACCAGCCACCACACGCCACACCGUCGCGGCCGCAGCGACGGUCGCGACAUGAACUACGGCAGUUGGAUGAAAAGGAACUCAUUUUUGAAUUAGUUAAAGAUAUUUGCAAUGAGUUGGAGGUACGGGUUCUCUGCCACAAGAUCCUUCAAAACGUAUCAAUACUGCUCGACGCAGACAGAGGCUCUCUAUUCCUCGUGCAGGGCGAGAGGGCGUCCUCACCCCACCCACAAAAUGGAAGAUGUCUGGUGUCGAAGUUGUUCGACGUGUGCUCGAAGUCAACGCCAGAGCAAAUGGAGCAACUCGACGAGAUCAGGAUACCAUGGGGAAGCGGCAUCGUGGGCUACGUCGCGGAGAGCGGCGAACCAGUUAACAUACCCGACGCGUAUAAGGACGAGAGAUUUAAUCACGACAUCGAUCAACAGACAGGUUAUAAGACGAGGUCGCUUCUUUGCAUGCCGAUCAAAGACAUCAAUGGAGAGGUCAUCGGUGUUGCACAGGUGAUAAACAAACAGAGCGAUGGCCCAUUCACGACAUAUGAUGAAAAAGUCUUCGCUUCCUACCUCCAAUUCUGCGGCAUCGGCCUACGAAAUGCACAGCUUUAUGAGCGAUCACAGCUGGAGGUGAAGAGGAAUCAAGUUCUCCUAGAUCUGGCGAGGAUGGUCUUCGAGGAGCAGAGCACGAUAGAACAUAUGGUAUUGAGGAUACUCACACACACGCAGAGCUUGAUACGAUGUCAGCGAGUUCAGGUUCUGCUAGUCCAUGAAGCGUCUAAGGGUAGUUUCUCCCGGGUGUUCGACUUGGAGGCAGGAGACGACGAGGAGCCCGGCACACCACGAACAUCACCCUACGAAAGUCGAUUUCCUAUAAAUAUUGGUAUUACGGGAUAUGUCGCUACGACUGGCGAGACAGUUAACAUCGCAGACGCAUAUUUAGACCCCCGUUUUGACCCCUCCGUGGACGACAGUGCGGGGUUCAAACACAACACGAUACUUUGCAUGGCGAUAAAAAACUCUGAGGGAAGAAUUAUUGGCGUGAUUCAAUUAAUCAACAAAUUCGACGAUUUGCUAUUCACAAAGAACGACGAGAAUUUCGUGGAGGCUUUCGCGAUAUUCUGCGGAAUGGGCAUACACAAUACCCACAUGUACGAAAAGGCAAUCACAGCCAUGGCGAAGCAGAGCGUGACCCUCGAUGUAUUAAGUUACCACGCUUCCGCAUCCUUAGACGACGCUCAGAGAUUACGGAAUUUAAGGAUACCUUCAUCAGUCCACUUCAAUCUCCACGAGCUGGCGUUCGAUGACAUCGACCUCACCGAUGACGACACACUCAGGGCCUGUCUCCGAAUGUUCUUGGACCUCGACUUCGUUGAGAGAUUCCACAUAGACUACAGCGUCCUCUGCAGAUGGUUGUUGAGCGUCAAGAAGAAUUACCGCAACGUAACGUACCAUAAUUGGAGGCAUGCUUUCAACGUCGCCCAGAUGAUGUUCGCAAUAUUAACUGAAACGCAAUGGUGGAAGAUCUUCGGAGAAUUGGAAUGUUUGGCUUUAAUAAUAGGGUGUCUGUGCCACGACCUUGAUCAUCGAGGGACCAAUAACUCUUUUCAAAUCAAGGCAUCAUCUCCUUUAGCACAAUUAUACUCUACGUCGACGAUGGAACAUCACCAUUUCGACCAAUGCCUGAUGAUCCUCAACUCGCCCGGAAAUCAAAUACUGGCCAAUUUAUCUUCGGAGGACUACGAAAAAGUCGUAAAGGUCUUGGAAGAUGCCAUUCUAUCCACCGACCUAGCUGUUUAUUUUAGCAAGCGCAAGGCGUUCAUCGAGCUGGUGGGCGCGGAGCGCGUGUCGGCGGCGUGGGGCGAGUGCGCGCGGCGGCGCGGCCUGCUGCGCGCCAUGCUCAUGACGGCGUGCGACCUGGCCGCCAUCACCAAGCCGUGGCCCGUGGAGCGCCGCGUGGCCGCGCUCGUGGCCGGCGAGUUCUUCCGCCAGGGCGACCUGGAGCGCCAGAACCUCAACCUGACGCCCAUCGAUAUAAUGAACAGAGAUAAAGAGGACCAACUCCCUGCUAUGCAAGUCAAAUUCAUCGACACCAUUUGCCUCCCAAUAUAUGAGGCAUUCGCGGUGCUUUCAUCAGCGUUACAACCAAUGCUCGAUCGGGUAAAAUCGAACCGAGCACACUGGAUCGAUCUCGCGAACAACGAUAGCGGCGAGAAGUUCGACUAUGGCCUCGAAAAGGAUAAUUUACCGGAGAGGAACGAUAAAUCCAGUAUAAGUUCACACAACGUCGACGACACGGAGAACACGUAUGAGGGAGACAGUAGCGGAGCGGUGAGUUUGUCCUCCGAGACCAACUCCAAGUACGAGAACUUGGAAAACCCAGUCGUCGGGCUCGUCAACAACAACGCUCUAGCUCUCCCGAGAGAUCCGAAGAUCUGUCAGCUGAACGAAUUGAACUAACCUCGAGGAUUGCGUCCAGGACCUCAUUUCUUAGACCAAUAGCUAGAAGCGUUGACAGUUUUGAGUUUUUUUUAUAUAUAACUAUCAGUGUUUGUCCAGUUCCGUUUUUUACCUCAUAUCGUAAUCAUCGUCUGGUGUGUUCCUAUUGGUCGGAAUGUAGGCUCGUGUGUAUGUGUGCUCUGUGUGCGUAGACCUGUGUGAUAUUUGUGUAGUGUAGAUGAUAGUCGAAUUCGAAAAUCAUCUGACGCAAGGCGUUUUAACAUUCGAUUAACUGUCAUGACUACGUUUACGUUGUUUUUAUACGGAUCAUCAUGUACCUUUAUAUUUUAUACGAGAUAUCAUAUUGCGUAUGCGAAUGUUCAGAUUAACAUACCUCAUUCGUCUAUUCCUACUACGAGUACGUAUAACAUGAAGUUCAUUCGUGUGAGUCGCUAGUUUUUGUAUCAUUUAAGAUACGUUUUUUUAUGUACACUCUUAGAAUUAUCCGUUACUCUGUCGAAAGACCACAGAUUAAAAAGUAUCAGGGCCUAACUGUCGUGACAUUUAGCAAAUAAAUGACCAAGAUACCAAAAAUUCUAAUAUAGUUAGGUAUUGUACUAAAUUAUUCUUAAAUCGAUUCCGAAAAUACAAGCUUUGAGUAUUGUGAUUAUAUAAAAUGCACUAGAAUUUUAUUUUUAUUUUUUAGUAAAUAAGUUCUGAAUGAGUCUAUGUGUCCAUUUCGAGCGUCAGGAGUCGCGUUUGGACUGUAUGUGGACAAUAAACGUAUAUUCGACCGCACAAUAUCGUUGUAAAUAUAAAAAAACGUCUAAGAAAAUUAACAUAUAAUUUUUUUGGGUAAGUACUUAUCUUAAAAUGUCUAAUCAAAUAGCUGUUUUCUUUAAUGCUUUUAGGAACCGUCGCCUCGCGCUAUUUCUUUACAGACAGUUAAGGUUUAUCCAUUCCAGUCAUAAUGUUUUAUCGAAUUUAAUUAUAUAUUUCAAUAAAUCAAUGAAACAAAUUACUAAAGAAUUGUCAAUUAAAUAUUAUUAUAGUUUUCGGUUAAUCAAACUUGACUACUCGUAUCCGAACGCGUUCAAUGCUAGCUGUAUAUGAUAUGGGGUGUUUUCCUCGGACCUCUCAUUUCUUCCUGUAAGGAGGAUCACGAUAUCACAGCCCUUGUUAAAUUAUAAUCGGCGCUUUAAUAUAAAACUCAGAAUAAUUCGUAUUUUUGGUCAAUGUCCAGUAUGUAUAACGCUAAAAAAUUUAAAAAAUAAAUAAUAUUUCUUGUCGUUUCGAUAUGUUAGGUUCUCUAAACGAUACUUUGAAAAAGUAAAUGCAAAUAGCAACAUUGACACAGAAUUCGUACUAAAUUUGAACUUUCCGCUUUUAAACCUUUUAUUACAUUUUAUCUGUACUAGUUCGUUUCGUAUAAAUUCCGUGCUCAAACACCAAUGACGUCACAGACACUUUAGUGAACCUAACACAUCGAAAUUACGUAAACUUUAAAGGAAAACGUUGACCCGAUUUCGAUUCGCUAAAAUUUUAAAUAUUCCUCUUUCAUAAUUUAUAAGAAGUGUAUUUUAAAUCAAAUUAAUAUUUAGAACUAUUAAAAGGGUCUUAUGUCCAAAUAUAUGUAUUUUAUACGUAAAUUGCCAAUUUUUCUCCUUACGUACAAUAUGACCAAUAAGUAUCGUUCCAUAGCGAAAUAUUAAAAAUAAAAUAUUUUCUAAUUGGGAUAAUUCUCUCUAUAAAUAAACAUUAGAUAUUUUCAUAAAUAAAAAUCUCAAAUUAUUUGUGGUAAUGAAAUAUGUACAACGUAAAUUUUAAGAUUGCUGUAAGUAUUAUUAGAAAGUAAUUAGAAAAUUAAUAAUUGUAAUUCACUAUGACGAGUAUGAAGUGUGAAUAAUAAGGAGGUUGUUUUGUUCCAAACAAAAAUGUUAUUUAUUUAUGAAUAAACAAAUUUUGAAAUA